AUGGCUAAUGGUAAUGGAAGUGAGCCAUCAGUUAGUGGAACGGAAUCGAUGGAAAAAGCGGUUGCUAGUUUUCUACAAGCCUUGCAAGCUAACAUCAACAAUGGGACACCGGAACAGCGAGGAGGGCCGGUUACCAUAAAACAGUUCCAGGAUCUGAAACCCACCACAUUUACUGGUGGCCCAGACCCAAUGGUAACGGAUGCUUGGGUUAAAGACAUAGAAAAGAUUUUUCGUGCUCUACCCUACACUGAGAGGCAACAGGAAUGGUGGCUUCUCACUCUGGCCAAAGAAGAAAUUAUGACGUGGGAAAGAUUCUUGGAAGCAUUCUAUGAAAAAUACUUUCCAGAUUCAUUGCGGGAACAGAAGGCAUCCGAAUUCAUACAUCUGAAGCAGGAAACCAUGACGGUGGCCGAAUAUGAGAGCAAGUUCACACAACUCGCUCGGUUUGCAACAUACGUCAUCCUCACCGAAACUCGAAAAACAAGAAAAUUUGAAGCAGGAUUGGAUGCUGGAAUUAAAGACAGGCUUGAAGUUUUGAAAUUGCCAACCUAUAUAGAAGUGGUGGACUGGGCGUACAUAGUAGAAAAGGGAAUUAAAGCCUCGCGUUCCGGAGAACCAAGCUACAAGAAGCGAUUCUGGGAAAGAGAUAACAGAAGACCUGAUGUUGCACCUCAUGAAAAGGUGAACAUGGGCACAACCAACUCAGGCCACCACGGUCCUACCAACCCCCGAUGUGGCACUAUUCCAACUUGCCCCACUUGUGGAAGGGUUCAUUAG